GUGGUCUUCGGACGGAGACUGUCAAAAGGUAAUACACAUUUCGAUCUCACUGAGAACUCUGAUUUCAAUUCUCAGUGUGUGCGGAUUCAAGAUAAUUGCAGUGUAUUGAAGAAUCACUGCAUCAAUUUAAAAUAGCAACACUCGUCACGGUAAGUCUACGUAAGCCAUGCCUUCAGUUCCUUCCACCAAAGAGAGUGGUGAUUUAGGCCCGGUGUGUCCCCAUGCAGCACGGAAGAGUGUCACCCUAAAGGAGGUGAAGAUUCAGGAUGAGCCAUUCCAGAGAAACGGGGGAGAUGAUGUGGAUGGACCCAUCCGGCUGGAGGGGGGGGAGAAUGCUGCUGAAAGGAAGUGGAUCCGCCCGGACCUGACGAGCCGUUGCACCUGGAAGCUUGGCAUGUCAGAUACGGACUCUCCACACACUCAGUGGUUAAGGGACACACCGCCGAGCAUCCUGCCAAACAUCCUCACGAGAAUCGGUGACACACCUCUGGUCCGUCUGAACAAGCUGCCCAAGACCUUUGGACUCAAGUGUGAACUUUUGGCAAAGUGUGAGUACUUCAAUGCUGGGGGAAGCGUAAAGGACCGGAUCAGUUUGCGAAUGGUGUAUGAUGCAGAGAAGUCAGGGCAGCUUAAGCCAGGAGACACCAUCAUAGAGCCCACGUCUGGAAACACGGGGAUUGGUCUGGCCCUGGUGGCUGCUGUGAAGGGUUACCGAUGCAUCAUUGUGAUGCCUGAGAAGAUGAGUUUGGAGAAGGUUGACGUCUUGAGGGCUUUGGGUGCAGAGAUCGUCCGUACACCAACCAGCGCACGCUUUGACUCACCGGAAUCUCAUGUUGGCGUGGCCUGGAGGCUGAAGAAUGAGAUCCCCAACUCCCACAUCCUGGACCAGUACCGCAAUCCCAGCAACCCUAUGGCCCACUACGACACCACCGCAGAGGAGAUCCUGGAACAAUGCGAUGGUAAAGUUGACAUGUUGGUAGCAGGAGCUGGCACAGGGGGCACUAUCUCUGGCAUUGCCCGCAAGCUGAAAGAGAGGUGUCCAAACAUCAAGAUUAUUGGUGUGGACCCCGAGGGCUCCAUCCUUGCUGAACCAGAUGAGCUGAACAGGACGGAUACGACGCAGUACGAGGUUGAAGGCAUCGGUUACGACUUUAUCCCUACUGUGCUGGACAGAUCAGUAGUGGAUGGCUGGUACAAAUCAAACGACGAUGAGUCAUUUGCCAUGUCACGUAUGCUCAUCAGAGAUGAAGGACUGCUUUGUGGUGGCAGCUCAGGCACAGCAAUGGCAGCCGCAGUAAAGUUUGCAAAGGAUCUGAAAGAGGGCCAGCGCUGUGUGGUGAUCCUGCCAGACUCCAUACGCAACUACAUGUCCAAGUUCCUGAGUGAUAAAUGGAUGGUGCAGAAAGGUUUUCUUAGGGUGGAGGACAUCAUGGUAAACAAACCCUGGUGGUGGAAUCUGAAAGUGCAGAACUUGAAGCUCUCCGCUCCCCUCACGGUGCUGCCCACUGUCACCUGCCAGAGGACCAUGAAGAUCCUGAAGGAGAAGUUCUUCGACCAGGCCCCAGUGGUGGAGGAGACAGGGUUGAUUCUAGGUAUGGUUACUCUUGGUAACAUGCUGGCCUCAGUGUUAGCUGGAAAGGUGAAACCGUCCGACCCCGUCAGCAAAGUACUCUACAAGCAGUUCAAUCGGGUCAAAAUCAACGAUAACCUUGGGAAGCUGUCCAGGAUCCUGGAGACAGACCACUUUGCCCUGGUGGUGCACGAACAGAUUCAGUACCUGACCGAUGGCUCUCCCAGCCUCAAGCAGAUGGUAUUCGGCGUGGUCACCGCCAUCGACCUGCUCAAUUUUGUGACUGCGCGAGAGAAGAGGGAAAGGUCCAUGUCUGAAUGUGCAGAUGAACUCUGAGACAUUUGGUGAUCUCACUUUCUCUUCCUCAUCAGUGGAAGUGGACAUUUUUAAGGGCUAGAAAGUAAAAGUCCUACCUUGCUCAUGCUUCUCCCAUACACUAGGCCAGCUAUAUUUUUUUCAGCAAGUCUAUCCCCUGAUGCUAAAGCUGAUUAGAAAAUUCAGUUCCACUGACAUAUGGAAAAGGGAAUGGCUGAUUCAAGUUGUAGGGAAAAGAAUACAUGACAUCCCCUAGAAAUAUCAGGCCGUAUAUACUUUCUGUCACAAUUUAAAGGCAAUAUGAAGCAUCAAAGUGUUUGAGUCACUCCCCUCAGUGACUGCUUGGUUGACUAUAGGUGCCCAUUGGUUUUGACAAAGUACAAAUAGUUCACAUCUGUCCUUUGAUAAUUAACAUUACACUGAAGUUAUACAGGCCCUGUCAUAGGUUUCAGUACUGUAAAAGCCUCAUUUAUUUAUGGAGAUUAUGUUAAUCUAGACUGGGCUAAAUUAUGGACUAUUUUAGUUGAUGAUUCAAAAAGCGUAUUGGGUCUAAUUUAUAGAGGCGUUUUAGUGUCAUGAACAGACUUAGAAUAUAACCUGUAGUGAAAUACACUGUGGAGUCUAGAUUAGUUGAAGUGGUUUUGAACUGAAGACUGAAUCAAAGUGAAGGGAUGUCUGUUUUUCUAUAAACCUGUGCAUCUUUGUGUUCUUUUUUAAAAUGAAUUGUAAAACAAUCUUUGAAGAUGCACUGCACUUUGUAUGAUUACAAGCUUAUCCAAGGAAUUUGUGAACAAAAAAAAUAAUGUUCUUUAGUUAUCUCAUUUUUCCUGAGGUGAGAAAAUGCCUAUUAUGCUAAAUUACAGUAUUUGUUCUCUUACAGACUUGGGUCUUAAUAUUUGAAGGGCACAAUCUUACGUAACUUGUGAACUGACAAAGCCAUUAAACUGCUUUUUAAAGUUUUAA